UACCCCAAAGUUGUUGAUCUAUUCUUACUGAGUUUCUGGAGUGGGGGUCUGGUUGCAAGAUUAGUAUCAUUUGGCCAUGAGAUUUCCAGCAACCUCCUGGUUUUAUAUAAACUAAAAAGAAAAUUGCAGGCGAUUUCUUAAAACCUGGCUUCAUAAAGCUAGAAGAGGUGAGGUGAAAGAACAAAAACUGUGUUAAUAUUUGUGUAUUAUGCAAAUGAAUACAUUUUCCAAUGGGCAGGAUACAUGUAUUGCUGCUAGUACAUGACACAUCAUUUCACAAUCACUCAUGCAAAUGGUGAUUGAAACCAUGUGGAUGAAUCAAUCAAAAGUUGAGUCCAUAACUACUUGAAUUACUAAUAUGGUAAUCUUGUCUGAUCAAAGGUAUUAACUGCAUCUUCACAAAAGAAAUGGGCUCUCUUUGCCCACUAAAGUUUAUUAUGUAGUGUGUUUGUUAGUCUUUAAGGUGCUGCAAGUGUUCUUUUUUGCAUAUCAACAUUUCUGUCGGGUAUUGACAUGGGUGUGCCUUAUUUGUUUGUGUCUCACCUAGUUUAGUUUGUGCUUCUUUAAGUGUCUUGGAGGAAAGAAUUCAUUAUCAGUUAAAUAAAUGAAUUACAAUAUUAAAAGCAAUAAUGUUUCUUAAUUGCCAUUUAAUGUUACUGAUCCUGAACAUAAACAUGGACUCUUGCUAUAGAGAUAAACUAUAUUUAUUAUUAUUAUGCAUUAAAUGUGUUAGUCACUUUAUAUUGCCCAGGGCAACCCAAAGCAACUUACAACCAAACAUACAAUAAACCGCCCAUAGGUACAUUAAAACCAAGGGGAAAGAGGAAUACAUUUUUCAAAUCCCACUCACUUCUAAAAGGCCACAGAUAGUUAAAGGCCAAAGUAUUCAGUAUGGCUGCUAAAUCUGGAGAUCAGCCAGAAAUCAAGGUUGUAGGGCACUGGUUAAUUGAAACAGUGUCUGAGCAGUCAUUUCCAUAGGUAGUGCUGAAGUAAAAGCAUGUAUUUGUUAUUAGACUGUUACAAAAUAGUUUGUGCUGUUGUCUAUUACUUCAGCUAUUUCACACCAAUAGUUCAGUGAAAGUAUUACCAUUGGCUGCACAAUUUUUAGGAUAGUGAUUCACAAUGGGUUUGAAAGCUAGUGUGAGGUUAUAGUUAUAGACUAUGUUCUAUGCCUGUUUUAGAACACGUGAUUUUAAUAAUGAGAUAUUUAAAAGUACCGGUAGCUUGAGUAUACAUAAAGAUAGGAGAAAGUGUUGCUGUUUCAGUGCUUACUCUGUUUCUGUCAGUGGUCUUACGUGGACAAGCUGACUGGAGAGGAAUCCAAGCAAGGCUGUUCUAACAAUGGCUAGCAGGCUUGUACUCUUUGCAGGAGGGGUAAAGGGUAAUAGGGGGGUUAUCUCCUCUAGGCACCCAAAUUACAGUCUUGGGCUGCUAUUGGGUCUUCUAAGCAUUUGAAAGGAGAUCUAGGGGAAGUCAGAAAAUUGCAGACCAGCUAGCCUAGCUUUUGUCCAGAUGAAUUGAUGGAAACCAUUUUUAAAGAUAUAAGCAAUCCUCGUGAAGUCCUACUUCACCAAUAUUUUGCUGUUCUUUGCCUUCAUCUACAUGCUUACUGACACCCCAGGCUGAUAGAUAUUAUAAGUCUUGGCUUCUAAAAAGCUUUUAACAAAGUCUAUAGCCAAAAGCAUUUAUUUAGAACUUAGCAGUCAAGGGAUAUGUGGAUUGGUCCUUUUACGGAUUAGAAACUGGUUAAAGAACAAGAAAGUAGUUCUGAUAAUAGAGGGAAGUAAGAAGUGAGGUAUCCCAAGAAUCUUCAUUGGGAUCAAUGCUAUUUAACACGUUCCUAAAUUGUUAGGAGGAGAGCAAUGAGCUGGUCAAGUUUGUAGAUGGCACCAGAUUAUUCAGGGUGGUGGUAAAACCCGUGGACUGUGAACCACUCCAGAAGGCUCCAAACUGAGUAAGUGGGCAACAGAAUGGCAAGUUGGGUUCACUGUAAGUAAAACAUAAAUUGAUACUUGGGCAAAAAUUUUGAACUUCACUGAUGGAAUCUGAACUGGCGAGGAAAGAAACUUUGGCAUUGUCGUGAAGGUUCUCUGAAAACAUCGACUUAGAACAUACCUGUCACAGGAAAGACAAAUUUCAUGGUAGGGAUUUUGCUCACAAUUUGUGACUGUUUUUGACAUUGGUUUUAAAAGCUGAAGAAUAUGUUUACGUACUAUUUCAGAAUGAAAUGGGUUUUAGUUUAGCACAAGCUAGCUCUGAACUAACUAGCUUUUGUGCAUUGCUUGUAUGCAGAUGCUUUCAGAAUUACUGUGUUUUUAUUAUUAUUUCUCUUCUCUGCUGUUGAUGCUAUGAUAGCGUAUCUGCCCUCCCAUGAAAAUAUUGAAUGGCAAAGUACAAGAGAAACAAAAAAGACUAUUGAACUGAAUUGUACCUAGUGAGUUUCUGUUUACACUAGCUUCUUAAAGACCCAGUUUAUAUAUGACCCAGAUAACAGGAAAGUUCCUUACCUGUGUAAGCAUUUCAAGUACUUCACGGUCAUAUUUAAAUCCACAUCACAGCAACCCAUAUAUGUUUAAUGUGAGCUAACAUGGUAGUGGCAUACAUAUGCCCAUGCUGUUGACUGUCGGAAUGCUAUUGGCACAUACACAUGAUCUGGUGCAUGUUUAUUUUAACAUGAGUGAAAUGAAACGCAUAAUCAAAUGAGUUUUCUGCCCACUCCAAAAUGGCCCAGGUUAGACAUAAAUUGGGCACAGCUGAGGUCUGGCUUGCACCUAAUGCUGGCUGAUCACUAACUAGAGAAUGGGAGAAGGGAAGGAGGGGAUGCACACAUGAUAAUGUCUGCAGGAGCUCCCAGUCUGUCUAUAGUUAUUUGAUUGGGCAUCAUUGUACCUGCAUCAUCCGUGGCACAUACACCAUAGGCAAGACUUUCUGCCUAACUUUGGUGGCACUUUAUCAGGCAGUGUUGUCUAUUUGCUUGGGCUGAAAUGUGAACAGCAGUUUUCGUAGCGCACCCAGUGUAGAGCACCUAGGAUGACAUGAUGCAGUUUUUGUCAUCUUCCCUAGAUUGUGCCACAAGUCGCUUAAUUGCCUUGCAGGUGGAACAGCAACAAUAUUUUCAAGAGCUGUUGGGGCUAUUAAUUCAUCUGUUAAUAUUACAAAUAUGAACUUUGAGUUGAGUUAGUUGCUUUACAUGCUUGUAGGUUUUUGGUGUGGGUUCUCUCUCACACACAUACAUUUCUUUAUAUGGUUUUCUUGAUUUAAGGAAAUGCAUCUACUUGUAUGCCACACACAAAAAUCUUUCUUCUUUAAUGUGCUUUCUAAAAACUGCUCUUGGGGGGAAAAAAGCUUAUUUAACUUUUCUUGUUCACUUCUUAUUUUUCAGAGUAUAUGGGAAAAAAAUCCUUAGGACUGUUGAAAAAUUGCAAGUGACAUGAUAAUUUGGCCAGUGCCUCAGAAUGAUGGAUUGCCAGAAGAUUGGAAAUGGUUUGCAAGUGACUGGUAUAGGGGCAUCUGCACUCCACAUGGUGGGGUAUUUGGGAAAAGUCAGUUCAGUUCUCUUUCACAUUGUGCAAAGUUCUCUUUUUUCAUUCCUCCUCCUCAAGUUUGAGAGAGUUUUUCAUUUCUAUUGGCCUAAUUUAUAUGACAUUACAAAAAAAAAUUGUAAAAUUUAUUUUUCCACGGAAAUCUUACUGAAAUGGCGAAAGAUUUACUUUCAAAUGUUGUUACCUAUUCCCCAAAAGUUUAUGAACACAUUUGAUCUAUUGCUGGUUAUAUUUUCACGGUCAGACUGAUGGUAAAGGCUAUUUUGUUCAGUGCAUAUAGCCCGAACAGUCAAUAUAAAAGUCAAUUUAUGUAUAGUAUCGUUUGCUCUCAUCUGUAUUUGAUUUGUUAUGUUUCACUGCUGUCAGAUUUAACUCUGAAACACAUAAAUGCUAUGAAAGUCAUUUUACCAUGUUUUGAUAUUUGGCCUCUCAAGAAUAACACAUUUGUUCUUUGUUUUACAUCACUUCAGGACUGCAGUUCUGCAGAAGUAACUCCCGAUGGAAGUUGCCCAGCUUGCAAAAAGAAGGGUCUCAUACGAGGUCUACGAAUAUAUCACAUCAGUUUUGAAGAAUCUAUUUUCUUGUGUGAAAAUCCACAGUGCAUCUACCCUCUGGGAUUUGAACCACUAAGCAGCAUUAUAAUUCCUACUGAUAAAAAGGAUUCUCCAUCUCAGGGCACUUGUAGGAAAAGAAAGUCAUCUGACACAAGCCUGGUAACCUCUGCUGUUCCCCAACACUUAAAACUGACGAGGACUGAUAACUUGAUAGAAAAUGAGAAGGCAUUCAAACCUGAUCUUGCUCCCAAGUGCAAUGGAGAUAAUCUGUUUGGGACUCGGUCAGGGCAGCCUGACUUUCCAGAAGCCAGUCAGCCGAACUUUAAUAGUGCAACAGAAUCCGUGGAGCAGCAAAUGGACAUGAAAAUGGCAGCUCAAGGAAGUUCACCGGAAAUUUUUAGUGUUCAGGCACAGCUUUUGUCAGAUCCUGAAAUUGGUUCAUCAUUGUCUCAAAUUCUGCAUCAAGACAAACCAUCUCGGCCAGAGCCAUUGUGGCUUCAGUGGAGGAAUGUGUACGCUCUCUGCUGGUUAGAUUGCAUUCUGUCAGCCCUAGUGCAUUUAGAAACACUAAAAAUGAUUCUGAGUGGAUCAGUCUUGGAAAACGUAUCUGUAAUCCAGAGCCUAUUUGCAAAAUAUAACGAAGCAACUGCACUUGUGAAUACUUGCCAACGAGGUGAAUGUGUUUCGGAAGUUCCUUUGGAUGUUCUUUCGAGAGCUGAAUCACACUUGAAUGAAAUCAGAAAUACAAUUUUUGUCCAGCUUCAACCACAGCUUAAAUGUAAAUUAGGUAACAAGGAAAGCCCAGUGUUUGCAUUCCCUCUACUUUUAAAGAAGGAUCCUCAAACAGAAAAACUGUUUCUCCACUCUUAUUCAUGGAAAUUCGAAUGCUCACAGUGUGGCUACCAAGUCAAUGACAGGUGUCAGAAGACAUUGACAACAUUUACAAAUAUCAUCCCAGAAUGGCACCCGCUGAAAGCUGUUCAUACUGGUCCCUGUAAUAACUGUCAUCGCAAAUCUCAAAGAAGAGAAAUGGUUUUAGAAAAUGUUUCCUCAGUACUUAUGAUGCACUUUGUGGAAGGCUUGCCACGUAGUGAUCUGGAGACCUACUCAUUUCAGUUUCAAGGAGAUUCCUACCAAGUCACAGCUGUUGUUCAGUAUCAGGAGGAGGCAAGACACUUCAUAACAUGGAUCUCGGACUCAGAUGAAACAUGGCUUGAGUGUGAUGACUUAAAGGGUUCGUACUCUAGAAGACACAAGAUCUUUGGCGUUCCCCCUUCAGAGAUUCACAUCGUCAUCUGGGAAAGAAAACCGCCACAAUUGACAAAUGGUCUGGAUUCGCAGCUAGAAAGUGAAGUGGCUACGAAUGUUCCUUUGCUAAAAGCACAGUCAAAUUCUCCAUUUAAAUAUGCUGAUGGCAAGGCUGGCGGCAACGCACCUUUAAUUUAUCACACUGACGAUAACUUGAAUGCACACACAAAUGAGACACAAAACUUGAUUGCGAAUAACAAAAGUAAUUUGCUUUGCGGCUUGGAAAACCUGGCCAAUGGUGAUGUUGUAACUUUGACUCUUGUACAAGUUCCACUUGACUCUGAAGGUAAACCACUGGACGAAAGCCCUGCAGUGGAAAAUAACAUGACAGUCAGAACGGACACAUCACAGCUGCAUGAUCCAGGUGGAGUUAAAGUUUCUCCAACUACUUCUGAAAGAGAUGUUGCUGGGAAGGAGUGCAAAUUACUUGAAAAUGGCAGCAUUCCCUUGCAUCAAGGGCAGCCAAACAAUGCAAGUAACAUGCUUAUAACGCCGGUCGUUUCUCUGAGCAAUAGCCAUUAUUCACCAGAAAUGUUACCAGUUCAAGGGGCAGAACCUGAAGUUCCUAUCAAAGAUAGCAGCAGUUUGGACACAGCAAAUCAAGAGAACAAAAGCAGCAGAACAAAAGCAGGGAAUAGUGUACAGAUAGCACAUAGUACUGUAGAACACUGGAGAGAAGCAACAGCAAAUUCCCAGGCUAGUGCUGCUUCUUCCCCAAGUAGUUAUUCUCACUCGGCCCCUAAAAACGGAACGAAGCCAUUCACAGGCAGUUGGGUAAAGGGUUUACUUGAAAGAUCUCAUCCUCUCAUGCCCAAAAGUUUAUUAACCUAUAAUAACACGGAGAUCUGUAAAAAGCCCGUUAAAAAAGAAACUCGCUUCACUUCACUUGGUAGACAGGCAAGCCACUUUCAUGGUUUUCAAGCAAAACAUUCAAAAAACCAAAGGGAGAAGUUAACGGAGAGGGCAUUAGAUUCUUCUCAUAAGUCUGCUCCUCCAUCCUCACCCACUCUCUUUGCAAGACCCCCUAUAGAAAAGCAUCACAUUGUUGGAAGCAAAAGAACUGUGGUGGAGAGCGCUGGCUCACUGGUUGCUUUGGGUAACCAGAUUGGGCCUAAACCGAGCCACAAUAAAACUAAAAGCUUUACAUCGGCUGAGAAUGUUGAAGAGUCAAGCGUUACAAUAGCACACCGACUGCGCCUACAACUUCAACAGCAGCUGAAAGCUAAGAAGGAGAAACUGGCUUCGCUAGAUAAGGUGGCGAAGGCUCAGGUGCGAAACAGGCGCUCUCCCAAGAAAAGGAUGAAGGAUCAGUCACAGCUUCAAUCCCAGAAAGAAAGUGACUCCCUGCAGAGCUUGUUAAAUGCCCUGCAGCACCAAAUUGAUGUUGAAGAUAGUAAAUCUGUGAAUUCUCUAAGCACCAGUAUGUCCCAGUGUAGCAGUUCAAGUUUUGAUGACAUUUUAUCUGAGCUGCUAUCUCCCACUACAUCUGUUGCUUCCUUGGAACUUCCACAAGAAGAAGAAUGUGGUUAUGGUGCACAGGAAAUAAACCAUGACCAUAAUUAUCAUAGUCCAGUAAAGGAGAAUGGAUAUGAGGACCAUACAAACCUGUCACUUAAAUCAUCCCCCAAGAAACUCGACUUUGAAAGUCCAACAAAACAAUUUAGUCUAGAAGAACUGUUGCCUAGUUCAAUGCUGAAUUCAAUAAUGGCUGACACUCAAGACUUGCAUCACUUUGAUGAAACUCUCUUAGCAUGGUGAAUUGUGUUUUAACAAUUUCACAUGUUUCUGUUAGAUGGCUUUAAAGCAAAGCAUAACUUGUGUUCCAAGCUAAUUUUGCACAUGGUGGUUCUUUGGAUUUUUUUAAAAUGUGAAAGUUUUUUUACUAUGAGGUUGGUUUAUUAGUAUUAUUAUUAUUAAUAAAUUAAGACAAACUGGAA